GACGGCUACGGCGCCAUGAAUAUCUUGCCCAAGAAGAGCUGGCACGUCCGGAACAAGGACAAUGUCGCCCGCGUGCGGCGUGACGAGGCCCAAGCCCGAGAGGAGGAGAAAGAGCGUGAGCGGAGGGUGCUACUCGCUCAGCAGGAGGCCCGCACAGAAUUCCUGCGGAAGAAAGCCAGGCAUCAGAAAUUGCUACCUGAGCUGGAAGCAGCAAAGCGGGGAGCCCCAAGUUCUGGCCCUGUGGACCUGUUUCGGGAGCUGCUGGAGGAAGGGAAAGGGGUGACUGGAGGCAAUAAAGAGUACGAGGAAGAAAAGCGACAGGAGAAAGAGAAGCAAGAGAAAGCUCUGGGCAUCCUGACAUACCUGGGCCAGAGUGCAGCGGAAGCCCAGACACAGCCCCCUUGGUACCAGCUCCCCCCGAGGCGAGGGAACCCCCCACCUGGCCCUGGACCAGAUGAGAAGAUCAAAAACCGCCUGGACCCUCUGUGGGAGAUGCAGAAGCAUCUGGGGAAGAGACGGCACAGUGGUGACAAUGGUGGUUGCAACAAAAAGGAAAAGAAGGAGGGGUCUGAGAAGCAUCGGCCCAGAGAACCCCCGUCCCUGGACCAGCUUCGAGCUGAACGUCUCCGGCGAGAAGUGGCUGAGAGGGCUCGUGCAGAGGCCCUGCUGGCCCGAGUCCAUGGCAAGGUGCCCCAGGAGGAUCAGCCAGAAGAGGCGGACGAUCGGCGGAGGCGGUACAACUCCCAGUUCAACCCCCAGCUGGCCCGGCGCCCCCGCCGGCAGGACCCCGCCUGGCUCAUUGACUCCUGAGGGGUACAGGAGAGGCCGCUGCUGCCAGCCGUCAUAUAAAACUAUUUAUUCAUAAAUAUUUUCCAAAAUGAAAAUAGGUUUAC